AUGUCCGAAUCUCAGCCAAAGCCUCAACCGGCCACAAGCCACACGGCUGUCCUGAACUCCAGAAAUGCUUCUAUAUUGGUCGGCAUACGCGACGGCGUCACCGGCGAAUUCCGUCUAGUCCCCAGAGAGCAAGCAACAGUCUCGGUCUUUGACUCCAACUUUCUCAUAGGCGAUGGAAUCUGGGAAGGCAUUCGUGCUGUAAGAGGCCGAGUCCAAUUCGCCAAGGAGCACAUUAAUCGGCUCUUCCAGUCUGCAAAGGCAAUGUACAUGGACUUGGGCCUGACAAAAGGAGACCUCCUGUCACUUCUUCACCAGACCUUGGACGCAAACGACAUGGGAAACGAGCCUCACGUCCACAUUCGUCUGGUCGUCAGCAGAGGCCUAAAGUCAACACCCUACCAGAACCCGCACGUCAACAUCGGCCUGCCGCUCAUCGUCGUCAUCCCCGAGAUCAAGGCCGUAGAUCCGACAGCCAAGUCGCGCGGCCUACGCCUGGGAACGACCUGGGUUCGGCGCGGCCCGCCCGACGUCAAGGACGAGCAGUGGAACCACAUCUCCAAGGCGACGGACGUGCAGGCGUGCGUGCAUGCCAACUUUAUGGGCGUCGACGAAGCGCUCAUGCUGGACCUCAACGGCUUCGUCAAGACGUGCAACUCGGUAAAUUUCUUCAUCGUCCGCGGCGACGAGGUGUGGGCGCCGACAAAGGAUAAUCAGAUGAUGGGCAUCACGCGGCAAAAGACUAUUGAUGUCUGUCGGGCAGCGGGCAUCACGGUGCGGGAGCUCGAUUUUGCGCUGACGGAGGUGUACGGGGCCGACGAGGCUUUCUGUACGGGGACGUUCCCGUCGCAGAUUCAUGUUACGGAGGUUGAUGGGCGGGUGAUUGGAGACGGGAAGAGGGGGGCUUUGACGGACGUGAUUCAAAAGCUGUAUGCGGCUGAGGUAGAGCGGGAUACUGCGAGGUCGAGGGAAGUGAUUCUGGCCGAACUUGAGCAGACUCGGGAUCUGAGUGUUCUUGAUAAACUAAAGUCAAAGCUUUGA